AGCCCAAGCUGGCACCGCGGCGGCGGCAGCAGCAGCAGCUUCCCGUGCCCAGCCUGGCGGGUUUGCAGCUGCUGCGUCGCUUGGUGUGGGCUCCGCUGGGGCGUGGUCUGCUGAGCGCCUGCCUGCUCCAGUCCAGCGCCCCCCCCCCCCCGCGCGGCGUGAUCCAGAGGGCCCAGGGCAGCGGGGAGCGCCUCACUUAGAGCGCCGUGAGCGACCAUGGGGUUGGAGAAGGAGAAAGCCGACACCAAGAUCUUCAUGGACGAAGAAGACUUCAACCGAAGCAGCAGCCCUGCUUUAUCCGACAUGGAGAAGAGCUUGGAAAAAGCCCCAGACAGAGACCCGCACGGGCUCAACAGCCAUCUGAAGCUGGGAUUUGAGGACGUGAUCGCGGAGCCUGCCUCCACUCACUCUUUUGACAGAGUUUGGAUCUGCAGCCAUGCGCUUUUUGAGCUCAGCAAAUACCUGAUCUACAAGUUCCUGACUCUUUUCCUGGCCAUCCCCUUAGCCUUGAUUGCAGGAAUUCUCUUUGCGGUGCUCAGCUGUCUGCAUAUCUGGGUUGUGAUGCCUUUCAUAAAGUCCUGCUUCAUGGUCUUGCCCUCAGUUCAGGCUGUAUGGAAGAGUGUGACAGAAGUUCUUGUUGCCCCACUUUUUCACAGCAUAGGAAAGUGCUGUGCAGCAGUCAACAUACGCCUUGACCAAGAGUGAACAUCUGGAAGCCAAGUUGUACCUCCUUUCAGAUAGCAUGGAUGUGCUUAACCAUUCAUUCCAAAACUACUACUGCUUAAAUGGCUUGACCUUUUUUUUUUUUUGUAGUGGGCUGCACAUUUUCUGGAAAUAAAUCUUGCUGGGGAGGGAAGGAAAAGAUGGAUCAUUUGUCCUGCAAACUGAAAAAUACUGAGAUAUGUUGGCAAUACUUUAUUUUAAUGGUACUUCCAUUGUCUGACUCCCUUCAAUGUUUUAGGGGAGCUUACAUGACUACAUCAUGGUCUGUGACUAUGACCGUCCUUCUCCUGGGAUAUUUUGCUGCUCUGAAUUUGGCUAUUACCAGGCAUUGAUAACUAAAUCCCUAGAUAUUGUCUUUCCAGGAUUGGACAUAGCCUGUUAUUUCAGCAUUACACUCUACAACUGAACCUUAGUCUUACAAAUGCCUCCAGAGUAUAUAGCUUUACACCUUGAAUACUUUCUCCUUCUGAAGUCUGAUGUUCAACCCACCCAGCUCCCUAACCGGCUGGCUCAAGUACAACCUAUCAGCUGCUUGCAAAACCCAUCAACACCUUUCCGUUCCAGCAAUGCUGCUUUCCCAGAUCCAGUGCAAAAAUUCCCAAGAGCACUUGUCAGGGGCCAGAUGGCACCAAAGGCAGCUGCAUCUUAGAAUGGGUGUCCUCAAAGUCAAGACCUUGCUAUCAUUUUGAGUUUUCAGCUGGAACCUGGACAGCAAUAAGAGGAAUUAAUUCCACAUCACCCAGGCAGGGACAGUGUGCCAAGUUCUCAACAUUUAAACUAAGCCUGACCCUUCCAGAAGCCCGCUGCAGCCACUGUUGCACAUUCCUCUUUCUUUCAGUGUUUGAAAGGGGCUCUGGGACAAUCCUUGAGCUGGGUUCCAACUCCUGUCAAUAGAUUCCUAGUUCAAGUACUUAUAAUCCCUGAUGCCAGCAUGGAGCUUCUUUAACUCCAGUAAAUUAGAAAGCCUUGCUGAGUACAUCUGCAUGUGGCUCAGACUGGUAUGCAAGGUUCUGGAGUAGGAUGAAAAAAGCACCUUAGGGUGCUUUGCUGAAGAACAGUUCCUCCCUCGCCUCAUUUGUUUAGAUGUAUUUAUGACUAUUUUCUUCAUUAUUGUAUAGGUCUAAGGGUUCUGUGAGGUUCUACUGUAGGAAAUAUAGUUGCUGUUUGGUCUCCAAAGAAACAAAUUGAUACCAAACGAUGGAGAAAGUGAAUAAAAUGUUUCUGACUCUUGCUUAUUACAUGCUCAAAAUGCAAAAUAGGUUUAUCCAAAGUGUGCUUUUAAAGAAAGAUGCCGAUGAAAGUGUUGAUUUGGGGGCAAGAAGUAAUUUUCUUUGCUUUAUUUAAUGAAACUUGAUUUUGCUGUAUAUAUUGUUUGUAUGUAAAUGAUAUUGCAAUGGGUUUCCCUGAUACUUAAUUCUUCCAUGCUCUGUAUUCUUGCCCAGCUUACGAUACUUGCUCUAGAUAGCCUCUGCUCUGAGGAACUUAUACUCUGCACAGGAAGACUGUCUCAUGCAUGUUUUAGAUUUCUACACACAGAAAACAGGGUAGAGCUACUUAGCUGUAUUCUGCACCCAGUACCUUAUAGAGAGUCCCAUUCUGCUGAGAGCACCUGAGAACCCCAGUGAGAGAAGGAAGGUGCCCCCAGACAUGCAUGAUCUGGCACAUGUGGAUGGGAGUAUGGCUCAAAUGGGCUAUCCCUCUUGGAUCUCAGCAGUGUGUCUCUAUUCCUCAUCAUAACUGGAUGUGGAUCUGAGUUUUCCAUCUGUGGCCAGUGUGCUUUUCCUUGUGCAUCUUCCACAUACGAAGGUGUUGAUAUGCAUCACAGUGGAGUGCAUGAACAUCUCUGCAGUGUUGCCAAUUAGUCUGAGAUUCUGUUGUCUAGAAAAUCAACAAAUAUUUUGAAGUAUUGCCAUGCAAUUCAAAAUGUACCAAAUAUUUUGUAGAAUUCCACCUUUACUCUCCAAAUACUAUAAAACAAACUAUGCAAAAGAGUCUGAAAAAUAUACAUAUUCAAAAAUGUUUUAUUAAAACUGGUCUGUAGUAUAUUUAAGAUUUUGUGCCUUUGUACUUUACAAGCAAUAUUUUAAUAAUUUACAUAAUAAAUAUUUUACUGACACUUUAA